AUGGUCGCCCUGCUUGCGCUUGCUGCUGCUAUCCCUGCCGUGCUCGGCGCUACGGCGCCUGCGUUCGUCCCGGCCGGCACUGGGCCGACAGUACAGUCGGCGAACUACACCGGGAUGAGCAACGGUACCCUGCAGAACGGCCCUAUAGUCCCUGGUCUCGCUUUCGACCGGUUCAUCCAGAUCUGGUUCGAGAACACCGAUUUCGCCGUUGCCAACGGGACCGCCACGUUCCAGCAGCUGGCGGCGCAGGGUAUCCUCCUCGACAACUUUGUCGCUGUGACCCACCCAUCUGAGCCCAACUAUGCCGCUAUCGUCGGCGGUGACUUCUGGGGGAUGUCGGACGACAACCUUCAUGUUAUGCCGAGCAACAUCUCUACCAUCGUCGACCUCCUCGAGGCGAAGAACAUCUCCUGGGCGUCGUACCAGGAGAACAUGCCGGCUGAUGGGUAUCUGGCUUACAACUACACCCAGCCGGACUAUCGGAAUGCCUCUGCUCCUCCGUACACCUUCUACGUGCGCAAGCACAACCCGCUCGUGCUAUACGACUCUAUCGCCAGUGUCCCGAGCCGCAAUAUGCGCAACAGGAACUUUAACGACUUUGCUGUCGACGUGUCGAACAAUACGCUGCCCCAGUGGAUUUUCAUCACCCCCAACCUGGUGGACGACGCGCACGACACGACGAUCGACUAUACCGCGUCCUUCAUCCAGUACUGGGUGAUACCCCUGCUCACCAACCCCAACUUCAACACCGAGCGCACGCUCAUCCUCAUCACCUUCGACGAGAACGACACGUACACGACGAAGAACCAGAUCUGGUCUCUCCUGCUGGGAGGCGCCGUACCUGCCUCAUUGUACGGUACGACGGACUCGACGUUCUACUCGCACUAUUCUUGCCUGUCCUCUGUUGAGGCUAACUGGGGCUUGGGCUCUCUCGGCAGGGGCGACACGAACAAGACGAUGAGCAACGUGUUCGAGUUCCUGCUCACGGAAUACCACCUCAACUACACGAAUACGAACGUGACCAACCCCCCUCUGACCAACAUCACAGGCACCAUCCCAGGCCCGCUCAACCCGGACUACUGGGUCACCUGGACAGCUCCGGAUAUGAGCGCCGUCGGUGCUGGCGGAGGACAGGUGUUCGUCAGCUCUGGUACCAACACCAGCCUUACGGCGGCAGCAGCGGGUGCACCGGUGAACCUUACCGCUCUGGCCUCGAGUAACUCCACAGGCUCGGGCAGUACGUCAGACGCGAUGAGCUUGCGCGUCGCUGGCUCGGCAGUGCUUGCCGCUGCGGCGGGGGCGUUGUUCCUUUUCUAG